CCAUCACGUUUGAAAAGUGUCACCACGUCCACAUGCGCGAAUUUGCCGCUUUUCAGUCUGAUACAUCAAUGGUUGAUGCCAAGUGAUGCGCUCAUGCAACCAAAUUUCUGAACCUCUAUUUUGUCCCGUUCGCUUUCAAGGGCCCAACCCAGAUAACCAACUGCUCCAAGCAACGGAUCCGCGACUCGCAUAAUUAUCAAGACAAUGCCGUUUCCAUUUAUCCUUCCGACGACUUCCUUCAUCAGAUUCUCCGAAUUUUUCAGCAGCACAACCCAUCCAUCGUUGCCGAUAACUCUCACCACCAGGCGUGCAGUGGUUCGCGAUGCGUUGAAGAAGCACAAGCGGCUUCCGCCCUCGUCUCAGGCUAGCAACCUGUCGAAUGUGCUGUCGUCCAUCAAUGAAUAUCUCCCAUAUUUGUUCAUGGCCGAUGUAGGCCUAAGCGGGUCGAAGAUAUCCGGGGAAGAAGUCGACGUCGUGUUAGUUAAAGAGCUGGAAGUAGAAUGGCGGGCGACGCUCUCAUCGACAGUGGGAGGCCGAGAGCCCCCUCGAGUCCGAGUACGAAGUCUCGAGUCAGAAAUUGCAUUUAUACUGUCCACAUUGGCUCUCGCGAACUCGAUGCUCGCUCGAACUCAGAUGCAUACCUUGUACAAUGGUACGGUAUUAGACGGCGCUCAGCGGACAGCAGCCAUCACAUCUGCGAUGAGGUAUUAUCUGGAGGCAAACUCCAUCCACUCUUAUCUCGCCGCACGAGCAGGGCAGUGGACAACCCCGCCAGCAACAGCGGACAUAUCCCAAGCACUACAGAGUGCACUGGCCUCCCUGACCAUGGCAGAGGCGACGCUCAUCACGGUUCUGAAAGACGACCCUUACCCUUCUGUCGUCGCUGACGAUCGCAAUGAGAACGUUAAGGACUGGAUGUUCAAGAGCCCGGAAAUCCCCAAGGUUCGCGCCCAUCUGUUCGCGCGACUUUGCCUCGCAGCAGCCGGGCAUGCCGCGCAAGCGCGGGCCCUGUUCGGCUCAUCGGGCAAAGUAGACGAGGACUUAUUGGCGUAUUCCGACGAUUUGAGGCGGACCGCGAGGGGUAAAGCGUGCCGAUUCUUAGGAAUCGAUGCCGAAUUAGCGGAGAGAACGGGCGAGGGCAUUGCCUGGUUAAGGGGAGCGAAGGCGGAACUCGGUUUUGGAGCGAGCACGAGUGAGGACGAUGGCAAGCUAAAAGGAUUUUCGAGGUUUAGGAAAGACUGGGCAGAGAAGAGAGAGGAUAAGAAGAUUAAGAGGGGUGUUGACUGGGGCACCGAUGCGGGUCGAUUUGAGGAAGCACGGAUCGUGGACAAGCUGGAGAAGAAGUGGGCAAAGAUGAACGAUACCGUUAAUGUUCAGGUUAUCCCCCCGUAUGAUCCUUUGCUAUCAACAAUACCAUCGGGGAGAGAGUACCAUACCCCAAAGCCCUUCAAAGCCCCAAACCCCGAAGAGGAUAUCGUAUUCCGGAUGCGAGCCCCUCCUGGCCAUCAUGAUGAUACCAAGCAAGGCGAGAGUGACUCUGACGAUGAAGAACACCCUGCUCCUCCGGGGGCUUUCCUGGGCUCCCAGGCCACGAGCACCUCGGCAAACGUGUACUACUAAUGAGUAUGCUUUGACAGUUACACAAAGGAUUCAUCGAGUUUCUUGAGGAGGCAAGAUGCAGUCUCUUUGGAUCAAAUAUCUACAUAAGAAUAGAUAGGCAGCCUCGGGAAUGAAUGUGAAGGCAUGCGUCCAACGAUAUACAACCGAACCAAGCAGAUCACACUCAGCUGCCAACAUAUACACGCAUGAUUCCCAUCAGCUUCUCCUUCUC